UCUCACUCUCUCUCUCUCUCUCUUUAGCAGCUUCUCUGUCUAUUAUUCUCUUGCCGCGAGUUCGUUAUUGUUUCCAAAGAUGAAAGCAAUCAGCUUUCGAUUCAUGCGAGUUUCAAUCGUGAAACCCAUCUUGCUUGUUCUCAUGGCCGUAGAUCCGCAUACAAAAUGUAAGAAGCAAGAUGUCGGAUGAUGCUGGACAGAUGUUGCUCAUCUACGAUGAUCCCUCAGACCAUCGAUCUCUCUCUUUGGACGAUGCUAGUAGCACUGAGGAAUCACCAGACGGGACCGGACUCUCUUUAGAAGCAGUUAACGAUGUCAUCCCAUACAUAGGACAAAGAUUCCUCACGCACGACGCAGCUUACGAUUUCUACAGCACCUUUGCAAAGCGCUGCGGGUUCUCAAUACGUCGUCACAGGACGGAAGGGAAAGACGGAGUUGGGAAAGGACUCACCAGGCGCUACUUUGUUUGCCAUCGCGCUGGUAACACACCUGUCAAGACGUUAAGCGAAGGAAAGCCACAGAGGAACAGAAGAUCUUCUCGGUGCGGAUGUCAAGCGUACUUAAGGAUUAGUAAAAUCACGGAGUUAGGUUCGGUGGAGUGGCGUGUCACAGGCUUUGCUAAUCACCACAAUCACGACCUGUUAGAGCCGAGUCAAGUUCGUUUCCUUCCUGCGUACAGGUCCAUAUCGGACGCAGAUAAAAGCCGGAUUCUGAUGUUUUCCAAGACGGGGAUAACGGUUCAGCAGAUGAUGAGGCUCAUGGAGCUUGAGAAGUGCGUCGAGCCUGGCUUUUUGCCCUUCACUGAGAAGGACGUCAGGAACUUGCUUCAGUCGUUCAAGAAGCUUGAUCCUGAGGAUGAGAACAUCGAUUUCCUGAGGAUGUGUCAAAGCAUAAAGGAGCAGGACCCUAACUUUAAGUUCGAGUUUACAUUGGAUGCAAACGAUAAGUUGGAGAAUAUUGCGUGGUCAUAUGCUUCUUCCAUUCAGGCGUACGAGAUCUUUGGAGAUGCUGUGGUUUUCGAUACAACGCAUCGGUUAAGUGCAGUUGAGAUGCCACUUGGGAUAUGGGUUGGAGUUAAUAACUACGGUGUGCCUUGCUUCUUCGGCUGUGUGCUUCUGAGGGAUGAGAAUGUGAGAUCCUGGUCAUGGGCACUACAGGCUUUCACAGGGUUCAUGAGUGGGAAGGCGCCUCAAACAAUACUAACAGACCAUAAUAUGUGUCUCAAAGAAGCCAUAGAUGGGGAAAUGCCAGCGACUAAGCACGCGCUCUGCAUAUGGAUGGUUGUUGGAAAGUUUCCGUCCUGGUUCAAUGCUGCUCUUGGGGAGCGUUACAACGACUGGAAAGCCGAGUUCUAUCGCCUCUACCAUCUGGAAUCCAUAGAGGAGUUCGAGUUGGGUUGGAGAGACAUGGUGAACUCUUUUGGACUGCACACGAACAGGCACAUUAAUAACUUGUACGCCUCACGUUCCUUGUGGUCUUUACCGUACCUGAGAAGCCAUUUUUUAGCAGGAAUGACUUUGAGUGGCCGGUCCAAAGCCAUUAACGCCUUUAUCCAAAGGUUUUUGAGCGCACAGACCCGGUUGGCUCACUUUGUCGAACAAGUAGCUGUUGCGGUGGAUUUCAAAGACCAGGCCACAGAACAGCAAACAAUGCAGCAGAAUCUUCAAAACAUCAGCCUAAAAACCGGAGCUCCCAUGGAAUCUCACGCAGCCUCGGUCCUCACUCCUUUCGCCUUCUCCAAGCUCCAAGAGCAGCUUGUGCUUGCAGCUCACUACGCUUCGUUCCAGAUGGAGGACGGGUAUCUCGUGAGGCACCACACAAAGCUCGAUGGAGGAAGAAAAGUGUAUUGGGUUCCACAAGAAGGCAUCAUAAGCUGCAGCUGCCAAUUGUUUGAGUUCUCCGGGUUUCUCUGCAGGCACGCGCUCCGUGUUCUCUCGACCGGAAACUGUUUCCAGCUCCCGGACAGGUAUCUUCCUCUGAGGUGGCGCAGGAUCAGCACGUCUUUUAGCAAGACGUUUAGAAGUAACGCGGAUGAUCAUGGUGAAAGGGUCCAGUUUCUGCAGAAUCUGGUCUCGACACUUGUCUCUGAAUCGUCUAAAUCGAAAGAGAGGCUAGAGAUUGCAACCGAGCAAACUUCCAUCCUCUUGUCCCGCAUCAGAGAGCAGCCUAUCUCCUCACUUUCUCUAAGAGACAUCUCUUCUGUUCAGAGAAAUUUUUGAUACUGCGAGGCGGACGCGUUUGUAAUAAUAGGAGGAUUACUCGCGUAAGUUACUCAUAAUCUUUGCAAUGACGUAAUUUAACUGCAAAUGUACAAGUUUAUCCUUAACAGCUUGAGAGAAAAGCCAUUUAAACCUUCCUUCUCUGUUUAUAACGACACUUUUAUUAUAAUGAUUUCCAUUUGGCCUA